GAGGGAAACCUAGCAGUGAACGGUGGAAGGGGAUAAGACAUCCAGCACAAAGCAGUCCAACCACUGGAAUAACAUUCAGAAAAGUGUUUAUUUCUGGAUUUACAACAGAGAUUCAGUAGACACGAACAACUAGUUAAAGGAGAUACCUACCAUGUCUCAAAAGCAGAUUUAUUACUCUGACAAGUAUGACGACGAGAAGUUUGAGUACAGGCAUGUGAUGCUGCCCAAGGACAUUGCCAAGCGCGUGCCCAAGACCCAUCUGAUGUCAGAGACUGAGUGGAGGAAUUUGGGUGUCCAGCAAAGUCAGGGCUGGAUUCACUAUAUGAUCCACCAACCAGAGCCCCACAUCCUGCUCUUCCGUCGACCACUACCCACAGCCUCCCACUAACUGUCAGCAGAGAGAUCCACUAACCCACAGACCAGAAGAGAGUGCAGGGGAGGAUGAACCAACAUAACACAGCCGGAUGAACAAAAGACUUUAUCUUCAUGCGUCUGUACAGCAUCAUAUGCCCAGUCUAGGGCUCUCCAUAGCUCUGUCCUCACUGCAAAAACAUUCGCCUUCAGUUCCAAAAGGCUUCUUUGGAGUAUUUUCCUGUUGCUGAAUUGUUUUAACUUUCCAGCUGUUUUUUUGUUUUUUUUUUAAUCAAUGUGAUAAUGUUACCAGUGUAUUGGAAGAAAAUGGAAAUGUCAAAUUUGUGUCAACAUUUUUGAAUGAUUCAAAAUCCCACUGAAGAUAUUGUAAGAUAUCUAAAAUGCCAUGCUUAGUAUUUGAAACCAGUUUUUAAAAUUGAGAAAUUGUACACGAGUGUGACAAUUUGAUUAUUUUUUUGUUUUUACGACUGGUUGUAUGAAUUUUUACAUAGGCUACUUUCAUGAUGAUUGAUUCCAAUUAGUUAAGUACUGGAGUUAGAAUUAAGCAGUAUCUAACCUUUUGCAUACACAUUAUCUACAUACAGUGUACAAUAAAGACAGCAUUGCUGCAAAAAGAUUUUAUUGAAUACAUUCCCCUGCAAAUAUGAAGUAUAGGCUUACUGUCAAAAUAGGGCCCAUUAUCUUUGUUUACUGUCUUUCAUGAUUGUAAUAAUCAGCUGCUCAGUAUUUAUACGUCUUUUUAAUUUUUUUUUUUAUUACCCAGCCUGAAAUUAAACUUGUAACUUUUGGACAGUC